AUGAACACCAGCAGUCAGGUCCGACUGCUGCUGUGGAAAAACUGGACUCUCCGCAAAAGACAAAAGAUUCGAUUUGUUGUUGAAAUCCUGUGGCCAGUAGUGCUGUUUGUUGGACUGGUAUGGUUAAGGAAGGCUAACCCUCUCUAUCGCCAACAUGAAUGUCACUUUCCCAACAAAGCCAUGCCCUCCACAGGGAUACUUCCAUGGAUCCAGGGGAUCUUCUGCAAUGCCAACAACCCCUGUUUCCGGUACCCCACCCGCGGCGAAUCCCCCGGGGUAGUCUCCAACUACAACAACUCCAUACUGGCGAGGUUCUAUCUGGACUCUCAGGAACUGCUCUUUAACGACCCAGAGUUUCAGCAGCUGGGCAGGGUGUGGCGGGAACUCAGUGUGAUGAGCAACUUCAUGGACACCAUCCGCAACAACCCUGCUCGGAUCGCAGGGCGAGGGGUGAGAAUUGAAGAUAUUCUGAAGGAUGACGAGACUCUCACAUCAUUCCUGCUGAGGGACGCAAGACUGACAGACUCUGUGGUUUACCAGCUCAUGAAUGCCAGGGUGCGGCCUGAACAGUUUGCUUACGGAGUGCCGGACCUGAUGCUGAAGGACAUCGCCUGCAGUCAGAGCUUGCUGUCGCGCUUCAUCAUCUUCCCCAGCACGCGGGGCCAGUACAGCGUGCGCAACGCCAUGUGCGCCCUGUCCCAGCAGAAGCUGCAGAAGAUCGAGGACAAGCUGUACGCCAACGUGGACUUCUUCAAGCUCUUCCGUCUGCUGCCCCAGGUUCUCGACAACAAUUCGUCUGGCAUGGAUCUGCAUUUCUGGGGCCGUGUGCUGUCAGCCGUGUCCGAAAAACUGCAAGAGUUGGCGGAAAGGGAGAGCUCCAAAGAGCUGCUGCAGGUGCUGUACCCGCUCUUCCAGACCGGGGUGCCCUCCUCCUUCAGCCAGCUGAUCAGCACCGUAUCGGACCUCUUCUGCGGGUACCCAGAGGGGGCUGGCACUCGUGUCUUCUCCUUUAACUGGUAUGAGGACAACAACUACAAGGCGUUCCUGGGAAUCAGUGGGACCAAGAAUACAAGCAACUACAUCUAUGACGAUAGCACCACACCGUUCUGCAAUGCUCUGAUGCAGAACUUGGAGUCCAACCCAGUCACCAAGAUUGUGUGGAAUUCGGUCAAGCCCCUGCUUAUGGGGAAGGUUCUGUACGCCCCUGACUCCCCCGCUGUGAGACAGAUACUCAAAGACGCUAACACCACAUUUGAGCAGCUGGAACGCCUAAGGAACAUGGGGAAAGCCUGGGAGGAUGUGGGCCCUCAGAUAUGGACGUUUUUCCAGCGUGGAGUUCAGGUGAACAUCAUCCGGGACACUAUUAGAAAUCCCACGGUGAUGCAUUUCAUUGACAAUGCUCUGGAGGAAACUCAGUUCUCAUCCAAAGAUAUCCUCAACUUUUUGUACAAUGGACCAGUGGAGGAUCGUGAAGAGGACAUGCCCAAUUUUGAUUGGAGGAACAUCUUCAAUCUGACUGACCAGGCCAUCCGCAUGUUCAACCAAUAUACAGAGUGCAUAAACCUAGAUAAAUUUACCGGGCAAACAGAUGAGGACCAGAUGACGCACCAGGCCCUUUACCUCCUAGAGGAGAACAAGUUUUGGGCAGGGCUCAUCUUCCAGGAUAUGUAUCCAUGGACCAGCAAACUUCCCACCCAUGUUAAGUUUAAGAUCCGCAUGGACAUCGAUGCAGUGGAGCGCACUAACAAGAUCAAAGACAGGUACUGGGACCCAGGGCCAAGAGCCGACCCCAUGGAGGACCUCCGCUACGUGUGGGGGGGCUUUGCCUACCUGCAGGACAUGAUUGAGCACGCCAUCAUCAAGAUCCACACAGGUGUGGACUGGCCCCUGGGCGUCUACAUCCAGCAGAUGCCCUACCCCUGCUACGUGGAUGACCUCUUCAUGAUCACGCUGAACCGUUGCUUCCCCAUCUUCAUGGUGCUGGCCUGGAUCUACUCCGUCUCCAUGAUGGUGAAGAGCAUCGUGCUGGAGAAGGAGAUGAGGCUGAAGGAGAUGCUGAAGGCCAUGGGCGUAGCCAACAGCGUCAUCUGGUACACCUGGUUCAUCGACAGCUUCUUGAUGAUGACCGCCAGCACAGCUCUGCUCACCGCCAUUAUCAUGUCAGGGAAUGUGCUGAACUACAGCAAUCCUAUCAUCCUCUUCCUGUUCCUGUUGACAUUCACUGUGGCAACCAUCAUGCAGUGUUUCUUGAUGAGCGUAUUCUUCAACAAGGCCAACCUGGCAGCCGCCUGCAGUGGCAUCAUCUACUUCACUCUCUACCUGCCGCAUAUCCUCUGUUUUGCCUGGCAGGACCGCAUUACCAAAAACAUGAAGAUAAUGGCAAGCCUGCUGUCCCCGGUGGCUUUCGGCUUUGGGACAGAGUACCUGUCCCGAUAUGAAGAGCAGGGUCUGGGACUUCAGUGGGACAAUAUUAGGACCAGCCCCCUGGAGGGGGAUGAGUACUCCUUCUUUACCUCCAUUCGUAUGAUGAUUUUCGACAGCUUCCUCUAUGGGGUCCUGGCCUGGUACCUCGACAACAUUUUUCCAGGCCAGUAUGGAAUUGGGCGGCCAUUUUACUUCCCCUUCCAACCCUCAUACUGGAGCAGCCCAGAUCACUCACCAGCACAGUCAGCUGAUCAAGCGGCUGAAAAGCCUGGCCCAGACAAAAUGGAGGACGGACAGAGCCUGCAGCCUCCAGAGUCAGCCAAGGAGUCCAACGGGUCUGACAAGAAGCCCUGCAAGCACCAGGACAAGCGGGUGAAGAAAGAGAAGGAGAGAGAGGAUCAGCAGAAGAAGCAGGACGAUGCUGGCCAGGACCAGAUCUCACCACUGCACUCCUCCCUCUCAGGGAACCUCUUCUUCGAACCAGAGCCGACAGGUCUCGUGGUUGGCGUGGCCAUUCAGGACCUGGUCAAGGUUUUCUGCAGUGGCUCCCGGCCUGCAGUGGACGGUCUCACCAUCACCUUCUACGAGGGACAGAUCACCUCCUUUUUGGGCCACAACGGGGCGGGAAAAACCACCACCUUGUCUAUCCUCAUGGGUCUGUUCCCACCCAGCUCAGGCACGGCCUACAUUAAAGGGAAGGACAUCCGGACCGAUAUGGAUGUCAUACGUCAGUCUCUGGGCAUGUGCCCCCAACACAACAUCCUGUUUAACCAUCUGACCGUGGAGGAGCACAUCCUGUUCUACUCCCUGCUGAAGGGCAGGCCGCAGGCCGAAGCCCUGCAGGAGGUGGAGGACAUGCUGGAGGACCUGGGUCUGCCACACAAGAGGCACGACGAGGCACAGAACCUGUCUGGGGGCAUGCAGAGGAAACUGUCUGUUGCCAUGGCAUUUGUGGGCGGGGCGAAAGUGGUCAUCCUUGACGAGCCCACAUCUGGCGUUGAUCCCUACUCAAGGAGAUCAAUCUGGGACCUUCUGCUCAAGUAUCGCUCAGGCAGGACAGUCAUCUUGUCCACCCACCACAUGGACGAGGCCGACCUGCUGAGUGACCGUGUGGCCAUCAUCUCCAAGGGCCGUCUGCACUGCUGUGGCUCGCCGCUCUUCCUCAAGAAUUACUUCGGCGUGGGCUUCUACCUCACACUGGUGCGCCGCAUUAAGGACCAGAAGAAGAAGAAGGAGAAUGAGUGUGACUGUGCAUCAGAGUGCUCCUGUACCUGCUCCACCUGCACCAGGCACAAGGAGGAGAGCCUGAACCAGGCCCAGGUCCUGCCUGUGGAGAGGACUAUGGAUGGCGAUGUGGAGAGCAUCACCAACCUGAUCCACCACCAUGUGCCAGAAGCAAAGCUCCUGGAGAUGAUUGGCCAGGAGAUUACAUACCUGCUGCCCAACAAGGACUUCAAGUACAGGGCCUACGCCAGUCUGUUCCGUGAGCUGGAGGAGACGCUGACAGACAUGGGCCUGAGCAGCUUUGGCAUUUCUGACACUUCGCUGGAGGAGAUAUUCCUGAAGGUCACGGCUGAGGGGGAAGCAACAGCGAAUGGCGCGAUCCCAGUAAAUGGUCUAUUUUCUUUCUGUAUCAAUGCCUGCUAUUGUACAGAGACCAAUGGAGUGAAGCAGGCCAACGGUCAGGGCAACCACUGCGAUUCGGACAGCGGUGGUGGAAGAGGGUCUAGGCAGGUGAAGGGCUGCAGCCUGGUCUUCAAGCAGUUCUUUGCCCUGCUGAUCAAGAGGUUCCACCAUGCCACACGCAGCCACAAGGACUUCCUCGCUCAGAUUGUCUUGCCUGCUAACUUUGUCCUGGUGGCCCUGUUCUUCACGCUGAUCGUCCCUCCGUUCGGGGAGUACCCCAGUCUGACCCUCACGCCGUGGAUGUACGGCCAGCAGUUCACCUUCUUCAGCAACGAGCGGCCAUCCAACGAGCACAUGAGGCAUUUCUCAAAUGUGCUUUUGAACAGCCCUGGGUUUGGAACACGCUGCAUGCUAGACCAGCCUCUGGAGAACAUGCCCUGUCACAACAUCACCACAGCAUGGGGGGUUCCCACUGUGCCCCCUGUGGUCUCCAACAUCCUCCAGAGCCCCCAGUGGAACGAACUGAACCCCUCUCCCAGCUGCCGGUGCAGCACGGACAGGAAACUCACCAUGCUGCCUGUCUGUCCCCUGGGAGCUGGAGGCCUGCCUCCACCGCAGAGGAUUCAGCCCACAGGGGAUGUGAUUUUGGAUCUCAGGGAGCGGAACAUUUCUGAUUUCCUAGUUAAGACCUACCCCAGUCUCAUCAGAACCAGUUUAAAAAGCAAAUACUGGGUGAAUGAGCAAAGAUAUGGAGGGAUUUCUAUUGGGGGGCAGCUUCCUAUCCUCGAUGUGGACCCCAGAAAUAUUCAGGAUGUCCUUUACCAGCUGGGACGCAUGUUCAAUAUCACAGGGGGUAAUUAUACCAAACUUGCAAUCAAGGAAAUAGGACCUUUUCUGAGAUAUAUGGAGAGUGAAUACAAUGUCAAGGUGUGGUACAACAACAAGGGCUGGCACGCCAUGGUGUCCUUCUUGAACGUGGCCAACAAUGCCAUCCUCCGGGCCAACCUGCCACCCAAUGCCAAUCCUGCAGAGUACGGCAUCACCGCCAUCAACCACCCUCUCAACUUGACCAAAGAGCAGCUCUCAGAAGUCACCGUACUGACCACGUCCGUGGAUGCGGUGGUGGCCAUAUGCGUGAUCUUUGCCAUGUCCUUCGUCCCGGCCAGCUUUGUGCUCUACCUGAUACAGGAACGGGUCACCAAGGCCAAGCACCUGCAGUUCGUCAGUGGCGUCAGCCCCUUGGUCUACUGGGUCACCAACUUCUUCUGGGAUAUGAUCAAUUACUCCAUCAGCACAGCGAUGGUGGUGGGGAUCUUUGUGGCUUUUGAUAAGAAGUGCUACACCUCGCCGACCAACCUCCCGGCCCUUGUCGCUCUAUUGCUUCUCUACGGGUGGUCAGUGACCCCCAUGAUGUACCCGAUGUCCUACCUGUUCAGUGUCCCUAGCACAGCCUACGUCUCGCUCUCCUGCAUCAACCUCUUCAUCGGGAUCAACAGCAGUGCCAUCACCUUCAUCCUGGAGCUCUUCGAGAACAACCGGGCCCUACUCAAGUUUAAUGAGAUCCUGAAGAAAGGGCUACUUGUAUUUCCUCAUUUCUGCCUGGGACGUGGCCUGAUCGACAUGGCCAUGAACCAGGCUGUGACCGACGUCUACGCCAGAUUCGGGGAAGAGUACAGUAAGGAUCCUUUCAAGUGGGAUUUUGUGGGGAAGAACAUGGCUUUCAUGGCGGCUGAAGGCAUUGUGUAUUUCAUUUUGACAAUCCUCAUCCAAUACCAUUUCUUCAUGGAUCAUUGGUUAUCGGACGUCCCAAAGACGUCCGUCGAAGCGGAGGAUGAGGACGUGACCCAGGAACGCAAGAGGGUCUGUAGUGGCGGAAACAAGGAUGACAUUCUGCAGAUCAGAGACCUGUCCAAGACAUACGUGGGCAGGAAACGGCCGGCUGUGGACAGGAUCUGUGUGGGCGUGCCCGCAGGGGAGUGUUUUGGCCUCCUGGGCGUAAACGGCGCUGGAAAGACAACCACCUUUAAAAUGCUAACCGGGGACACAGAUGUCAGCUCAGGGGAGGCUUCGGUUGCUGGCUACAGUAUUCUCACCAACAUCCUGGACGUUCAUCAGAACAUGGGCUACUGCCCCCAGUUUGAUGCCAUUGAUGACCUGUUGACCGGGCGGGAACACCUCCACCUCUACGCCCGUCUGCGAGGGGUGCCUGAAUCUGAGAUCAGCAGGGUGGCGCAGUGGGGGAUCGAGAAGCUAGGGCUCUCCGAGUACGCAGAGCGCUGUGCGGGGACUUACAGCGGUGGAAACAAGCGCAAGCUGUCCACAGCCAUCGCCAUGAUAGGCUGCCCGGCCCUGGUUCUGCUGGAUGAGCCCACCACUGGCAUGGAUCCACACUCCCGGCGCUUCCUGUGGAACGCCAUCAUGAGUGUCAUUCAGGACAGAAGAGCUGUGGUUCUGACCUCACACAGCAUGGAGGAGUGUGAAGCUCUGUGCACCCGACUUGUCAUCAUGGUCAACGGAACUUUCAAAUGUCUGGGCACCAUUCAGCACCUCAAAUACAAGUUUGGUGACGGCUACGUGGUCACCAUGAAGAUCAAGGCAGCUAAGCCUGGGCUGGCUCCUGACCUGAACCCAGCGGAGGCGUUCAUGGAGAGCAGUUUCCCUGGCUGUGUGCAGAGGGAGAAACACUAUAACACCCUGCAGUACGAGAUUGCCUCUUCCUCCCUCGCCCGCAUCUUCCAGCUGGUGGUGGCCAACAAGGAGAAGCUCAACAUCGAGGAUUACUCCGUCUCUCAGACCACGCUCGACCAGGUGUUUGUUAACUUUGCCAAGCAGCAGUCAGGUGAAGACGAUGACCUCGUGCUACACCCACGAGCAGCGGGGGCACGGCGGGAAAUGAAGAUCUUACCGCUCAAAGAUCUGCGGAAUAAGCCAUAAACCACCAAAGGACUAAAAACGCUGGUGGUGUGGA